AUGGCAGCCAUCUUGGAUAUCUAUAAGAUUCCAGGGCUCAUCUAUGGCUCUGCUCCAGUGUUGAAUGACAAGCCCCCAGGUCUUUCUGCUUACCAAAUGGCCCCAAGUGAAACCCUUCAGUAUGAGGGGAUUUACUCCUUACUUCUGCAUUUCAGGUGGACAUGGAUUGGGGUCAUUACCGUAGAUAACGACUAUGGAGAACAAUUUGUGCAAACUGUGUCUCCAUCAUUUUCCCAGCAUGGAAUCUGUUUUGCCCUCAUAGAGAGAAUCAAAAUAUCAAAUAAAGCCAGUGAAUUUUUUGAGUUGCUGGAACAGGGGGCAAAAAUACAUGACAAAAUCAUGGGCAGCAAAGCCAACCUCCAUCGCUUUCUGAAAGCUGCCUCAUUUAACAACAGUGCUGAGGACACCAUUUCCUUUGACCAGGAUGGGAACUUAGAAGCUGAAUUUGAUAUUAUGAACUGGAUUUUUUACUCCAACCAAUCCUUUCAAAGAGUUAAAGUUGGGAGGAUGGAUCCCAAGGCUCCUCCAAACCAAGCGCUCACCAUCAAUGAUGCUACUAUAACGUGGCACAGCUGGUUUAACCAGGUCCUUCCCCUUUCAGUAUGUAAUGACAAUUGCUAUCCUGGUUACAGCAAGAAAAUUAAGGAUGGAGAGCCAUUUUGUUGUUAUGCUUGCAAUCCGUGCCCAGAAGGGAAGAUUUCAAACCAGAAAGACAUGAAUGACUGCUUUAAAUGCACCGAUGAAAAAUAUCCAAACAAAAAACAGAAUGUAUGUAUUUCCAAGGAUAUAAGCUUCUUGUCUUAUGAAGAGCCUCUGGGGAUGAGUUUAGCCUGUUCUGCUCUUUUCUUUUCUGUGGUAGCUGGCAUUGUGCUAGGAAUUUUUAUAAAGCAUCACAACACACCCAUCGUUAAAGCCAACAACUGGAACCUCACCUAUACUCUCCUGAUCUCUCUCCUGCUUUGCUUCCUCUGUGCAUUGCUCUUCAUUGGCCAACCUAAAGAAGUGAUGUGUCUUCUCCGACAGACUACCUUUGGCAUUAUCUUCUCUAUGGCUGUUUCUUGUGUGCUGGCAAAAACUAUCACUGUGGUUCUGGCUUUCAUGGCUACUAAACCAGGAUCCAGAAUGAGAAAAUGGGUAGGGAAAGGACUGACCAACUCCAUUGUUCUUUCCUGUUCUCUUAUUCAAGUAGGCAUUUGUUCAGUGUGGCUGGCAACCUCUCCACCAUUUCCAGAUGUUGACAAGCAUGCAGUGAUUGAAGAAAUUGUGAUUGAGUGCAAUGAAGGCUCCAUAAUUAUGUUUUAUUGUGCACUGGGCUAUAUGGGCUUCCUGGCCAUGGUAAGCUUCAUUAUUGCCUUCCUUGCCAGGAAGUUACCAGACAGUUUUAAUGAAGCCAAGUUCAUUACAUUCAGCAUGUUGGUAUUUUGCAGUGUUUGGCUAUCCUUUGUUCCAACCUACUUAAGCACAAAAGGGAAAUACAUGGUGGCUGUGGAGAUCUUCUCUAUCAUAGCCUCUAGGGCUGGGUUGUUGGGAUGCAUCUUUUCCCCAAAAUGUUACAUUAUUGUGUUAAAGUCUGAGUUGAACAACAAGGAACUCCUAAUGAGAAGGAAAUGUUAA